AGUCUCCGCCGAGAGGUCCUUUCCCGUGGCUCCUUCGAUAUUCUGCGGUAGGGAUAAGUCGGCGUUUUAUUUUUUCAUUUAGGGUGAGACCUAGACUUAAACGGAAAGAUCAUGCAUAAGUGGUUGUGUUUCCUUGGCUUGUUGGCCCUGUCAGCACCUGGAACUGGUGAUGUCACAGCAGAAGAUCAGUUUAAAGUGGAGGAGGACAAUGUUGCAAGGAUACUUGUUUCUAAGCUGAUCCUAAACAAGUACCUGGUGGAGGGCAUGGACGUGGUGGUGCGGUACGCCCUGUACAACGUCGGCUCGGCGGCGGCGUUGAACGUGCAGGUCGAAGACGCCAGCUUUGGACCGCUCGACUUCACCACUGUCGCCGGCCAGUCGCACUUCGUGCUGGACCGGCUGGCGCCGGGCGCCAACGCCUCGCACACGCUGGUGGUGCGACCGCUUAAGUACGGCUACUUCAACUUCACGGCCGCCCAGGUGUCCUACCUGGCCAGCGAGACGGCCACGGAGCCGACGAUCGGCUUCACCAGCGAGCCAGGAGAGGGCGGCAUCGUGUCGUUCCGCGACUACGACAAGAAGUUCUCGCCGCACCUGCUCGACUGGAUCGUGUUCGCCGUCAUGACGCUGCCCUCGCUUGGCAUCCCGUUCAUGCUCUGGUAUUCGUCCAAGUCCAAGUACGACACCGUUCUACGGGAAAAGCGAGCUGACGCCAUCAAGAAGCGCGAGUAGGGUGUCACCUAGCGGGUGGUGGGAGAACUUUAAGUCUGAGUGAACGCCGCUGUGUGACACUGGUGGUUUCCUGGUGCGUCGGCUUGCGAAGCCUCCGUGAGUGGUGGUCAUGUUGCUCAGACUGAACGCGGGUGGUGUUUAGAAAACUUUCCUGUUGCCAGUUUUGAACACCAGUCGUAUGCAACAUGGUUCAAUUGGAUGCGACAAGAAUGCAAGCGCGGUUUUGUUACUUUGACUUGGCCGGGUGGGGUUUAAUAUAAUGAAAUGGAACUGAA